AGCCGCCGCGCUGGGAUGGAAGCGGCGCGCGGCGCGGUCGCUGGCGAGGCCCCAUGCCGGCCGAGGUCUGCCCGGAUGCCUCGCGGCUGCGCCCUGAGGGCGGCGCUGCUGGCAGGAAGCGUCUUCAGGGCCGGCGCCGCCGCGCCGCCGUGGCGGCGGGUCCUCGACCACGGGGAGGUGCGGGGCUUCCCCAGCUACGAGGCAGCGAACGCGCUGCUGGAUACGUGGGUCAAGGAGCAGCCUGGCGUGCUGCGCAGGCAGGAGAUCGGGCACAGCUACGAGCAGAGGCCCAUCCACGCCUACGUGCUCGCCGCGAAUGCCUCUGAGUCCCAAGGGCGGCCGAAGGUGCUGCUCACCUCCCUCAUGCACGCGCGGGAGCCGGCGAGCCUCACCGUGGUGCUGAACUUCCUCGGGCGCAUCCUCGAGCUCUACUCGAGUGGCGACCCGGAGGCCGCCAGCGUCAUGAGCGCUCGUGAGCUCUGGCUGGUGCCGCCCCCCCCCGGCGCUGCUGCGUGUCGGCACCUCCCGCAGGAGCGCGG